CAAUUGCAUGUCAACUGUUACUUAUUUUGGCAUUCUAAUUCUUAUUAGAACCAAAUUUUUGCUAAAAUAAAAAACCUAUAUUUUAAUUGUUAUUUUUUGUGUAUACUAUUCCUUUUUUAAACAUGAAUGCUCUAAAGUUGACCAGAAACUCUUUGGGUUUGAUUCGUGGAUUUCAUGUCAGUGCUAUAAAUGCUGCUGAAGCCCAAGCUAAACCUAAAAGACUAAAGAAAUUUGCCAUCUAUCGUUGGAACCCAGAUGACCCAAAAUCUGAACCAAAAGUUCAAGAAUAUGAAAUUGAUUUGAAUGAUUGUGCUCCUAUGGUUCUGGAUGCACUGAUCAAGAUCAAAAAUGAAAUGGAUCCCACCCUCACUUUCCGAAGAUCUUGCAGAGAAGGUAUUUGUGGGUCUUGUGCUAUGAAUAUUGAAGGUGUAAAUACUUUAGCCUGCAUAUGCAAAAUAAAUACUAAUAGUGGUACUUCAAAGAUCUACCCAUUACCACAUAUGUAUGUGGUUAAAGAUCUGGUACCAGAUUUAUCUCAUUUUUAUGAUCAGUAUAAAUCGAUCAAACCAUGGCUUCAAAGAAAAGAUGAAAGUAUUGGUAAAUACCAGUAUUUGCAAGAUAUGAAGGACAGGGAGAAGUUAGAUGGUCUUUAUGAGUGCAUUUUAUGUGCUUGUUGCUCUACUGCUUGCCCAAGUUAUUGGUGGAAUGGUAAUAAGUAUUUAGGACCUGCAGUUUUAAUGCAGGCCUACAGAUGGAUAAUCGACUCUCGAGAUGAAGCAACAAAAGAGAGAUUGGACAGCCUCAGAGAUGCUUAUUCAGUAUUUAAAUGUCAUACUAUUAUGAACUGCUCCAGGACUUGUCCUAAGGGCUUAAAUCCUGGAAGAGCUAUUGCUGAAAUCAAGAGACAUUUAGCUGGUCUCACCAAGAAAGCACCCCCAAUGUUGAAUCCAGUAGGUUUAGCUAAUGCUUGAAGAGUAUUCAAUUGUUAAAAUGUACUUGGGUUCAAUGUUGUUUUAGACGCUUAACUGUAAUUGAUGAAUAAAUAACUUCAGUAUUUUAAGUUACAACAAUCCUUAAAUAUUCGAA